AUGACUGCAAUCACAGUGGUGGCACAGGAACUCAUCACCUUCCCCCACCCCUCGCACGCGUCAGAAGAAGGCCACACCGCAGACAUCUACUCCAUAGCCGUCUCGGCCAACCACCUCAUCAGCUGCAGCCGGGACCGCACCAUCCGCAUCUGGCACCUCAGCGACCAGCGCCUUGCGCACCCGCCUCUGCGCGAGCACGCCUCUUCCGUCCUCUGCUGCCGGAUCCACGAGGAAAGCGAUCUGUUCGUCACGUCCGAGGUGGACGGCUUCGUCGAAUUGUGGCGGUUGUCGACGGCGCAGCUGGUGAGGAGAUGGAAGGCGCACGCCGAUUCCGUGCUCAGCCUGGCUUUGGGCGGCGAGGUCUUGGUCACGGGCAGCAGGGAUAAGUCGAUUAAAGCGUGGAGUGUCGCCCAAUUGCUGCUAUCAUCACGUGCAGCAGCAGCAGAUGGGGAUACCACCACUGCGGAUGUCGACGACGACGACGCUGCUGAACCCGAACCGUUGCGUACGAUAGGUGCGGCUACGGCAGCGGUGAACGAUGUCUCCCUUGCGGCGGACGAGAAGAGCGUGUUUGCUGGAUCUGGGGAUGGUUCGCUGAGGCAGUGGUAUCUCAGAAGCAGCAGCGGUGACGAGAAGCCAAGCCGAGACUUCGAGUCCCCCGGUGGUGGUGGUAGUGGCGGUGGUAGUGGCGGUGGUUGUCGCCGCCGUGGCAUCUGCUCGCUUUCUCUGACGCGUAAUGGCAAGCGUCUCGUUUCUGGUCACUCGGACGGGAAGUUGAGGGUGUUUGAUGUCGAGCUGGCAACUGAGCUGAUGUGCAUCGAUGCGCACGGGACUUGUCUUACGAGAUCUUGGAGGCCUUCAAAGAGUGGUCCUUUUUCCAAGUAG